ACAGCCCCGCAGCCCGACCGCGCCCAGCCCGGAGAGGACAGCACCAGGAAGCGGCCCUGCUCAAGGCCACAGAGACCCCCGGCAGCGUCUCUCAGCAGACGGAUUCAACUUGAACUGCGUCAUGUCCUUUGGCAGAGACAUGGAGCUGGAGCACUUUGAUGAGCGGGAUAAGGCGCAGAGAUACAGCAGAGGGUCACGGGUGAACGGGCUGCCCAGCCCCACACAUAGCGCCCACUGCAGCUUUUACAGAACCCGCACGCUGCAGACGCUCAGCUCCGAGAAGAAGGCCAAGAAAGUUCGUUUCUAUCGAAAUGGAGAUCGGUACUUUAAAGGGAUUGUGUAUGCCAUCUCCCCAGACCGGUUCCGAUCUUUUGAUGCCCUGCUGGCUGAUUUGACCCGAACUCUGUCGGAUAAUGUGAAUUUGCCCCAGGGAGUGAGAACAAUCUACACCAUCGAUGGGCUCAAGAAGAUUUCCAGCCUGGACCAACUGGUGGAAGGAGAGAGUUAUGUGUGUGGCUCAAUAGAGCCUUUCAAGAAACUGGAGUACACCAAGAACGUGAACCCCAACUGGUCUGUGAAUGUCAAAACCACCUCAGCAUCCCGGGCAGUGUCAUCACUGGCUACUGCCAAAGGGAGCCCUUCAGAGGUGCGGGAGAAUAAGGAUUUCAUUCGGCCCAAACUUGUCACCAUCAUCAGAAGUGGGGUGAAGCCACGGAAAGCUGUCCGGAUUCUGCUGAACAAGAAAACUGCUCAUUCCUUUGAGCAGGUUCUCACUGAUAUAACUGAUGCCAUCAAGCUGGACUCAGGAGUGGUGAAACGCCUGUACACCCUGGAUGGUAAACAGGUGAUGUGCCUUCAGGACUUUUUUGGUGACGAUGACAUUUUUAUUGCAUGUGGACCAGAGAAGUUCCGUUACCAGGAUGAUUUCUUGCUAGAUGAAAGUGAAUGUCGAGUUGUGAAGUCCACUUCUUACACCAAAAUAGCUUCGUCAUCCCGCAGGACUACCAACAAGAGCCCAGGACCUUCCAGGCGCAGCAAGUCGCCAGCAUCAACCAGCUCAGUUAAUGGGACCCCGGGUAGUCAGCUCUCCACUCCACGGUCUGGCAAGUCACCAAGUCCAUCACCCACCAGCCCAGGAAGCCUGCGGAAGCAGAGGAGCUCUCAGCAUGGCGGUUCCUCUACUUCACUUGCGUCCACCAAAGUAUGCAGCUCGAUGGAUGAGAAUGAUGGAUCCGGAGAAGGUGAAGUGUCGGAGGAAGGCUUCCAGAUUCCAGCCACAAUAACGGAACGAUAUAAAGUUGGAAGGACAAUAGGAGAUGGAAAUUUUGCUGUUGUCAAGGAAUGUGUAGAAAGGUCAACUGCUAGGGAGUAUGCUCUGAAAAUUAUCAAGAAAAGCAAAUGUCGAGGCAAAGAGCACAUGAUCCAGAGCGAGGUGUCUAUCUUAAGAAGAGUGAAGCAUCCCAAUAUUGUUCUUCUGAUUGAAGAGAUGGAUGUGCCAACUGAACUGUAUCUUGUUAUGGAAUUGGUAAAGGGAGGAGACCUCUUUGAUGCCAUUACUUCCACAAACAAAUACACUGAGCGAGACGCCAGUGGGAUGCUGUACAACCUGGCCAGUGCCAUCAAAUACCUGCAUAGCCUGAACAUCGUCCACCGUGAUAUCAAGCCCGAGAACCUGCUGGUGUAUGAACACCAAGAUGGCAGCAAAUCACUGAAGCUGGGUGACUUUGGACUGGCUACCAUUGUGGAUGGUCCCCUGUACACAGUCUGUGGCACUCCAACAUAUGUGGCUCCAGAAAUCAUUGCAGAGACUGGAUAUGGCCUCAAGGUAGACAUCUGGGCAGCUGGUGUAAUCACGUAUAUCCUGCUGUGUGGCUUCCCUCCGUUUCGUGGAAGUGGUGAUGACCAGGAGGUGCUUUUUGACCAGAUCUUGAUGGGACAAGUGGACUUUCCUUCUCCAUACUGGGAUAAUGUUUCUGAUUCUGCGAAGGAGCUUAUCACCAUGAUGCUGUUGGUCAAUGUUGAUCAGCGAUUUUCAGCCAUGCAGGUCCUUGAGCAUCCCUGGGUAAAUGAUGACGGCCUCCCAGAAAAUGAACAUCAGCUGUCAGUAGCUGGAAAGAUAAAGAAGCAUUUCAACACAGGCCCCAAGCCGAAUAGCACAGCAGCUGGAGUUUCUGUCAUAGCAACCACCGCUCUUGAUAAGGAGAGGCAGGUUUUCCGACGAAGAUGCAACCAGGAUGUGAGGAGCCGAUACAAGGCACAGCCAGCUCCGUCUGAACUCAACUCGGAAUCUGAAGACUACUCCCCAAGCUCAUCAGAGACUGUUCGCUCCCCAAACUCGCCCUUUUAAUAAGACCCUUUUACUCGAAGCCCUAGCCUAACCCUUUGAGACUCUCUGAUUUUCCCCCCCAAAUUAUGUAAAACAGUUUCAUCUGAUCUAUCUAGCACUCAGAAACAGAAAGUGUGUUUUCUGGUACCUUUGUAGUAAUUUCCCUUUGCUGAAUAAGAUAUGUUGUUUGUAAAGAUGGCAACUUGCUGCUAAUAGGAUCCUCAAAGGGUUAAGUCUACUUGGCAACUUUUUAAAAUUUAAAAGCAAUGAAUAUUUUCAUCAGUCAAACUAGGAUCUGCAGUGUGUAAUAAGCACAUGUUAACCCUCUGAGUGCAUGGCUUUUGGAGACCCCUUGGGGAAUUUUCCAGGCCUUUGGAUGUAUAGACACAUUUCUUGAUUUUGCUGCAGAUCUAGGGGUGUUUUUAGAUGCCACAAUAUCCAGAAAAGAAAGGCACCUAGAAUGAUAUCUUGCUUUUCCUUUUCUAUAGGUUUAGAUCAUGGCCGUUUUAUAACUUAGGCAUAAACACCCCUCUUUCUUAUUCACAGUCCUAUUAAGAAAGAGACUUUUCUCAUUAGAGGUACGACUUUCAGCUGCCAUGAGUUCUGCAUCCCAAGUGGAGGAAAUUGGUCCUGUGGCAAACAGCCUGACCCACAAAAAAGAUGGUCCCCCCCUCCCCCAAAAUUAUCUCCAUAUGAAGAUGUGCUGAUAUCACUCCAGAAAUGCUGCUUCCACAUCAGCUGCUGCUAGUGCCAGCGCAGACCCUCAGGAAGGCACACACAUACCUUGUCUUGUGCUUGGUGAGGGAGGGUCUGCCUGCUCAGUAUGAGCCAUCUACAGGACAAAAAAAAAAAAAAAAAAAAAAAAAAAAAAACUGGUAGAAAAGAGCAAUAAAUUGCCAGGUGCUCUAUAGGACUGGAAUUUCAAACAGAAAGAGGAAACAAGAUCCUGGUCUUUUUUCUCACCUGCUUUUCCAUGCACUGCUGUCUUCAGUGUGAAAUCCAUAGAAUAUAAAAUCCAUACGCAGGAGUGCUGGGGCACAGGGGACUAGAGGCAAAGUGUUUUUGCAAGGUGACCAAGGAGAAAGCACAGUGAGAAAACAAUCUAGAAUAUUUUUAAAAUGGGUUUUAAGGAAAUAAAACACUGAUAAGAUCAUUUCCUGUGUACCUUUAGGUUUCCUACAUAUGAUCUCCCAGGAAGAACAGGAUAGGAGAACUGGAAGAUACCACUGAGGAUGAAACUUCCAUUCCCUAAGGUGCCCUUUUUAUACACCGCUGUCUUUAGCUAUCUAGAGGGGCAUGUUAUUUUUCUAUCUAUGGGUCAAGUCCUGUCUGACACCUGAAUUGUCACUCAUGUGACAAAACCUUGAUCCCUAGCCCUGUAUCUCCAUUGAGUUUCUUCUGGAAUGUGUCACAUUUCAGAAUGGGGGCCUCCUGUGCUUUACUGUGAUGCUUAGAGAAAAGGCUAGCCAUGGUGUCUUGGAGGCAAGGACCCAACUCAAAUGUCCUCCUAAGGUUUGCUCAGUUUUGAGAUGCAGGAGACAACCAAAGAGUGAGGUCUCAUAAAAUUUGCAUAUGUAAAGCUGAACAGCACUUACUGUCUCUGUUUUGAAUAUAUUUCACUAUCUGAAGGUCUUUGACAUUUCUUUAUUUUCAAAUACACAUUUGUCUUCAAUUGCUGCUUUUACUCUUUAACUCAUAAACUAUGCCCUAUGUUAAUAUAGAUUUUAAGGUCCUACCAUGUCAUGAUUUUUACAAAGUAGUUCCCUCAAUUUUUUGCUCUUCUACAUUUAGGUUUAUUUCUUUAGUAUGUGUUGUCCUGACAUGUAAGCUUUUAUUAAAAGUUGUCCCCCUUUUAGAGAGUCCUGAAAUGAUACAAUAUCACAGAGUAGCACAAUUCAGUCAAGGUUGGGGUGAGGGCAGAAUACCAGGAAAGGUGUUGGUGUGUAGAAAGAUUCCACAUAAGUGAAGUACCCAGAACUGUUCAGAAAUACUGCUUUGUCUAGAACUAUAAAGCAAAGCACUAUUCUAAGUAGCACUGGAGUAGCCAUAUAACAUGGCCUCAACUCUAAAUGUGUGACUAUGAAGAAUCUUAUGAGCAGAGACCUACCUACAUAAGAUUGUCACUUUCCUUUCUUUCUCCGAAUUACUGCUUUUCCCGUGGACAUUACAUGUAUUGGUACAGCAUUUAGUGUACAGAACUUAUAGUGCAUGGCUCAGCCUUUUUCCAUCCAAGUCUUGGGAGACUGUGGACCAUGUGAAGCUGGGGAGUGUUUCACAACACACUUCAGAGAGCAGCUCAGAAGAAUAUAGGGCCCAUUCAGCAUGGAGAGCCCAACGCAUUGCUGUCAAAUUUGUGAUUUAUGCUGAGUAAACAGUGUAUGUGAUAUGUCAAGUGGAAAUGUUGAGUAAUCAGAUGGAAUGCAAUCUUUUCAGCAUCAAGCUGUCAAGAUCCUGAAUAUCAGAAAUGUACGCAAAGGGUUAACAGACAAGCACAAGGCAUGCUGAUUACAUUGGUAUAUUCAGACUGUUUUGCUUUUAGCCAAUGCUUUCUAAUUUUUUUUCAUGACAUUCUUGGGAUAGUUCAAGUUUGAAUUCAUUAAGUGAUAGUGUUCUUUAAGUAAUUUCUAUAACCAAAUUGAUCUUUUUUUUCACUUCAUCAUCAAAUAAAUAUGUACCAUUAUGGGAGUGUACUUCUGUAAUUAUCAUUUUAAUCAUUGCCAUAAGUGUUUCCAUAUUUUUUUCUAAGUAUUUAAUAUAGCUCUUAUGGUGUUAGUAUGGUGAUGGGGACUGUCUUUCCUUUAUUAAUACAUAAUCAACCAUAUAGUAUUUUCAAGAAAAUUUUAAGAUUCUACUUUUCAGUUCACUAGUAGACUAGUUAAGAAAGAACACUUCCAUUACUUGCAUUGUGUUAAUCAUCUCUGUAGAUGAGAACUGUUCAUGUUGAUGAAUACUUUUUUGAAACAUUGUAGCAGAAAUCACUUUAUUCUUCACAAUCAAUGAAUAUGUGGUUUUCUCCAAAUCGUUAGAAGGAAAAGUAAGAUUUCAGUCAUUAAAAAUGUUUUUACAGUAGCCCUCAUCUAACUUACACAUGGUGCAUAUUAAAAUAAGCAGAGAAAAAAUGCAAAUAAACUACUGAAAAUGCU